CGUCAUGCCAGCAACAAGCGGCGCCACGUGACGCGCCCAGCGAUGGCUGCUGCUGCUGCUGCCGCUGCUUGGCGGGGAGGGAGACCUUGAGCAGAGCGGUGGCACCGGCACGCGUUCCCGGACGCGCCAUAGGUCGCCUCGUCAGCCCCGUUUGCUCAAGCCUCGGCGCCCUCGUUGCCUCACUCGCCUACCACCACCACCGUCCCGUCUUCCACCACCACCACCCCCCUUUUUUUUUUUUUUGCCCCAACGUCGUUGUCUUCGCACGCAGCAGCUGCAGCUUCAAUGGACGGACCGUUCCUGCCACCCUUGGAUGUUCCGCUAUGUUUCUGAUUCGCGGCUCAGCUGAACUCCCACAUCCGGCCGGUCUUCGAUCCCAGCCUCUCUCAUGGGCUCCCCAGUGUCAUUUGUUUUAUCCAGGAUGGCCGCUUGUGGAGGCACCACUAAAAAUAGGCUCACGGUAAAUAAGCACGUCUGGGACUUCCUGACCAAGGAAAGUCCUGCCAAACUGGUCAAGUUGAAAGAGGAGAAUAAAGUUGGUGUCUUGAUUGAUGGUGAGACAUCCGAGAUCUAUGUGCUGCAGAUUACCAUGCCUGCCCAUGGACCAAGCAAUGGCCUUUACCUGGCUCGUAAGGCUCUCAAAGCACUGCUCAAGGAAACGGAGAAGGAAUUGAAGAAGGCUCAGCGUCAGAGUGAGCUGAUGGGCUGCAUGGCCUUGAUGGAGAAGAGCCGAGAACAUGGAGCUGUAGAGCUCCACCGUCGAGGAGCUGCCUUGAUAUCCCGAGGGCAGCAGACCUCUGGGCCAAGAGUAGUAAGUGGCAGUGGAGGGAUGGCCAGCUGCUCAAGGGGAGGGGAGGAGGAACAGGACAGCCAGUGCCCCAUUUGUUUGGGGGAGAUCCAGAACAUUAAGACUUUGGAGAAAUGCAAGCACUCCUUCUGUGAGGACUGCAUCACCCGGGCCUUGCAGGUCAAGAAAGCCUGUCCAAUGUGUGGCCGUUUCUACGGGCAGCUGGUAGGGAACCAGCCGGAGAAUGGACGCAUGCUAGUCUCCAAGGACUCAAGUCUUCUGCUUCCUGGUUACGAGAAAUAUGGCACCAUCAUAAUCCAGUAUGUCUUCCCACCUGGCAUACAAGGAGUGGAACAUCCCAAUCCUGGCGUCCGCUACCCAGGCACCACCCGUGUGGCUUACUUACCUGACUGCCCUGAAGGCAACAAAGUUCUGGCGCUCUUCCGCAAGGCCUUUGAUCAACGGCUCACCUUCACUAUUGGGACCUCCAUGACCACAGGGCGAGCCAACGUCAUCACCUGGAACGACAUCCAUCACAAAACCAACUGCACUGGGGGACCCCAGCUGUUUGGCUACCCAGAUCCUACAUAUCUUGCUCGGGUGCAAGAGGAACUACGGGCCAAGGGUAUCACCAAUGACUGAUCUCUCUUGCCACGUGCCCAGGAAUGGCUUCUUGUUACUGCCGAACUCCGCUCUUGCGGAGGGAGCUCCGUCAUCCGUCGGAGCCAACUAUCUCUUUAUCACAUGAUCUUAAUCCAGAGUACAAAGCUUGAGUUUUGGGGCUGAAAUUGACAUUUUAUAUAUAAUUGAUUAUUUGAGGAAUUGGAGAACAAAGACAUGAGGCGUGAGAGGAGAGUGAAGUAAAUGAAAGACGGUGGAAUUUUGGACUUGUUCAAAAUAGUUGUAUCAAGAGGGCCGUCAUGCUGAAUGAUUUGCUUUUGGCAAAAAAAAAGAGAGAGAGAGAGAAAGAGAAACAAAAAUGGCCUGUCCCUGCAUUUAGCAAACAUAUCGUAGGUACUUCUACUGAGCCUGUCUUUUCAAUGUGCUGGUUUACUUCAUGCAGAGGAAUUUUUUUUUCUUUUUUUACUGGGCGAUAAAUAUAUACAUGCACCAUUAAGAUUUAAAAUCUAACGCUGCAAAGUCUAGAAUUCACCACCUCAAUACUUUGGCUCUUGAGGAUAAAAUGAGUUUUGAUCAAGUGGUAAGUCCAAGGUUGAUUUCAUUUUUCUUUUCUUUCCCUUGUUUUAAAAAAAUUCGAAGCAGGAGUUUCAUAUCGAUUGGAGAAGCCAGACCUUCCUUUUUCUCCAGUUUAUUUCCCCACAUUCUAUUUUUUUCAGAGUUUUCUCUCAACCCAAGUUAUUUCUGUUGGAGUUAAGACGUGGAUUGUUGAGAGCAUUUGGAAAUCCUCACUUCCAGUACUUUUCUUUGGUAUUAAAAUAUAGCACUCUCUCUCUCUCUCUCUCUUGAGUGCUCCUAUGAUAUUUGCACUUAAUGGACUAGGUCCAAGUGAGUGACAAAUUGCCCAUGUGCUAAAAAGCAACGCAUUUAGAGAAAAGUGGGUGGGAAAUAGAGGAAAGGGCUUCUCCCAAUGUAUCUCUGCAAGAGGCCAAAUCUAGUCCCCAGACUCCAGUUGUGGAACCCUUUUGCUCAACCCUAUUGGUCCACUUUCAUUUUAUGCUUCAAGUAUGAGGGAAGGAGGGAGGGUUCACAUUUUGAGUUUGAUUCCCAAAUAUGGUUGAAACCCAGUGAGCCCUCUUAUUUCAGUUCCUCCCUAAUCUCAAGCUCCUUUCUCCUUUUUUCCAUAGUGCUAACCACUUUGAGAAUGGGACUGUUAGAAAUGGAAUAUAAUUGAGCCAAGAGCACGUGCAGAAUAGCAUCCCCGAUAGUAGCAGGUAUAAAUGGGAGGAGGUCAAAAGAGGCAGUUGUAGCAGCACAGUUGAAGCCCCACCCCCUUCGAGCAUGCAUGUGACAUCACAUGUAAAAAAAGGGGUGGAGCUUCAACUGCACCGUUGCAACUGCCAUUCUGCCUUUAUUGACCACUCUCCAGAUGCCACGGAUCGUUACAGCCUAGAGUGUAUAGUGUCUAGGGUUAAUGUCAAGUGAAUGGGAAAUGGGACCAUAAAUGGGGUGUUUUAUGUGAUUUGGGAUGGGAUCAGAAUGACUGGAGAGCAUGGGUACUGAAGCCGGAGGCAGGGCUUGGACUUUGUACACCGUUCCUUACUUGGUGUUCAGAUGUACACCCAUCCCCAACUUUUGACUGAUGACUUGUGGAGCCCAGGCGUUCCUGCCUUGCUCAUGCACUCCUGUGCUACUUUUUCUUCAGGAUCUGUUAUCAAGGCCAACUCAGUUGAACUUCCUUGAAACGUUGGGACAUAUCGGCUAAAAUAAACAAGAAGCUUCUGGACAGACAGGCCACCAUUCAAGUGUUCUCCUCGGAGAGGAGGAUCAACCACCUCUUGGGACCACCCCUUGUGUAAUUCAUAUGCUUCUCACCUGGCAUAUCGACUCUCCUGUAAUUAUUCCAGCCUUUUCACUUGGGACAAGUUGUGUUACUGGGAUCUUAGCCAGGCCUUCUCUUAAAUCUCUGGUGGGUCUGUAAUGCUCCUGACUCUGGCGCGCCUACCUGUUGUUGAGUGUUUUGGGGAGGGGGAGGGAGGGAAAUGUCUCUUGGCUAACUGUAAGCGUGUCUCCUCUGGCAGAGAUGACUUCUAAUACUCAGUUUGUCUCGUAUUGGUGAGAGCUUCCCUCGAACGCACAGUUUGGACAACGGGGCUUUCUUUUGCUGUUUUAAAAAAGAGUAACUGAACAUGUGCCACUUGUUCUCAUCUUUGUGGAAUGUGUGUUUGUGGUUUACAUAUUUCCACCUAUUUAUUCAAAGGAGUUUACAGUUUGGAACGAUGGAAUGUGAACCGAAGAGCACAAUA